UUGCCUCUUUGUUAUCUUUUAGAUUUAGAUCAUCUUCUCUUUGUAAGUUGUGUUGUGUUUUACUUUUCUUUUCAUGUCACCAGCUGUCAUAGAGCUAGACAAUGGUACAACGCUUAACAUUUAGACGACGAUUGUCGUACAAUACUAAGUCAAACCAGAGGAGGAUAGUAAGGACACCAGGUGGCCGUCUUGUCUAUCAGUAUGUGAAGAAGCCUAAGAAGAUCCCAAGAUGUGGUCAGUGCAAAAGCAAACUCAGAGGUAUUCAGCCAGCCAGACCAGCAGAACGGUCACGACUUUGCUACCGCAAGAAGACUGUCAAGAGGGUGUAUGGGGGUGUCCUUUGCCACAAAUGUGUAAAACAACGCAUUGUCAGAGCCUUCCUUAUUGAGGAACAGAAAAUUGUGAAGGUCCUCAAGGCACAACAGGCUACCGCCAAGCCAGCAAAGAAAAGUGGAAAGUGAACUUUAGUCUGUACAUAAUAUAAGCUAAAAAAAAUAUUUUAUUAGUUUUAUUGAAAUGACAAUCCCAAUA